UGUGGUGCUUGGUUAUUACAUUGGUCGCCGUUCCGCCCUCCUGCUGCCUGUCCCGCGCCGAACCAGACCGACACCGCAAUGCGAUAGCAUCCAGUUCUGUUUUCUGUUCCAGCAUUUAGGUUGAAAUGCCCCCGAAGCGCCGAGGCGGCGGAGCGGCCGCAGCAGCUACCCCGAGGAAAGGCAGACAGUCCAAGCUUGCGAAGGAGAACGACAUAACAGCUGAGGAAGAGAAUGAGAUCAAGGAGGCUUUCCACCUCUUCUCAACAGUCAAUGAAGAAUUUGAGGACGAGAAAGAAGGCGUGAUCCGUACUCAGGAUGUGCGGAGAGCUCUUGUAGCUAUUGGGCUUCCGCCCUCUGACUCCCAAGAACUGUCUUCGAUUCUCGCUGCUAUUGACCCCACCUCGACGGGGUUCGUUCCAUACGCCCCGUUCCUCUCCGUUGCUGCUGCAAAAUUACAUGCUCGUGGUGACGAUGCCCUUGACUCCGAAGUCGAGGCAGCCUUCCGAUUGUUUACACUGGGAAACGAUGGACCUAUCACCCUUGGUCAUCUGCGCCGGAUCGCUCGUGAUUUGAAGGAGGACAGUGUUGGAGACGAAUUACUGAAAGACAUGAUCCGGGAGGCCAAUGGCGGAGCGGGUGUGAAUGACGGCGUGACGCUCGAACAGUUUCGCGACGUGAUGGCUAGAGCAGGAGUGUUUUGAUGAUCUCGGACUGUCUAUAUUCUCGUGCUCAAGGAGUUGGUGGCUUUGCGGAAGGCGUUUCUUUCUUCUGGUAUGGGUCUAGGAGUCUACUUUCGGCGUGCAUUUUCCCUUGGAGGUGCCUGUGAAUGCAGUAUUUUAAGUGCAUACUCCGAACAUGAUUAUGAUAUAUUCGAUGCCAACCUUGCACACGCUGAGAAUGAUAAACCUGUAAAGAAAUUACAUUUGGGAUGAAUUCCGAGGCCCUCACAUGGACCGUUGCGCUGAAGAGAGCACAGAGAAAUGAAUCAAAGAC